AUGUGCAGUGACUUCACAACAAAGAGAAUCUUUCAUACAACAGCUGUUGCUUUAUCUACGCCCUUCAGUGCAAUUCAUGUGCCCCUGGAAGAGCAAAGUCCUCACGCAUCAUGUGGUGAUCUUCCAAAAUCAACCGAUAGCCUGGAUGCAAACCAUCUACAGAAACUUAUUCAACUGCUACAGUCUACAGAUGAUCCAUUGAUUCAAGAGCAAAUAUUGGUGACUUUGAGCAACAGUGCUGCCUUCUCUGUAAAUCAAGAUAUAAUUCGAAACUUGGAUGGCCUUUCUGUUAUUGGAAAAAUGGUCUCAGAUAGCAUCCCCAAAGUUAAAGAAAAAGCACUGAAUGCACUCAAUAACUUGAGUAUGAAUGUUAAAAAUCAGGAAGAGUUAAAGGAAUACAUUGUACAUGUCUGUAGAGAGAUUGAGUCAUCACCCUUGGACUCUGAACUGCAACUAGCUGGACUCAGAUUGUUAACAAAUAUGUCUGUUACCAAUAACUACCAUCCUAUGAUGACACGUUCAAUUCCAUAUUUUUUUCAUUUGCUUUCAGAAGGAAAUGAAAGGACGCAGAUUCAAGUUCUGAAAGUACUUGUGAACUUAUCUGCAAACCCAGCUAUGACAAGACAUCUUCUCAGUUCUCAAGCACCAUCGUUGCUUUCCCUUUUUGACAACUUCAUAAACAAAGAUGUUCUGCUUCGAGCCUUGGUGUUUGUCACAAAUUUGAACAAGAACAUGAAAAAUGCCAGGGGAGCCACUAUCCAGGAUCAAUACAAUGAAGAUUCAAUUUUUUCUAUGCUCUUUGGGGAUUCUACCCAGUAUGCUCAAAAAUUGGCCUCUUUAUUGCAUCAUCCGGAUACAGAAGUGAAAGAACAAGUCGUUAAAAUAAUAACACAACAGUGAAAUGUUAAAGAGACUAAUCUGAUCAAAAGUUAAUGUUUAUAUUCAGUUUUAGGAUGAAUUUUCUUUCAUGAAAGAAUGAAGUAUAACCUACUGAGCACUACUGUAUUACUGUAAGCAUGACAGUUGCCCUCAAAAGAAUCUCAAUGCAAUAAUA